AUGGCUGGCGGAGUUACUGUUCGCGAUGUCGAUGCGCACAAGUUCAUCAACGCAUAUGCUGGCUUCCUGAAGCGUCAGGGCAAGCUUCCCAUUCCUGGUUGGGUUGACACCGUCAAGACCGGACCCGCCAAGGAGCUCCCCCCUCAGGACAUCGAUUGGUUCUACGUCCGCGCCGCUUCCGUCGCCCGUCAUGUCUACCUGAGGAAGACAGUCGGUGUCGGUCGUCUACGAAAGGUCCACGGCUCCGCCAAGAACCGUGGCUCUCGCCCCUCUAAGCACGUCGAUGCUAGCGGCAGCGUUGACCGCAAGAUCAUGCAGGCUCUGGAGAAGAUUGGUGUUCUGGAGCAGGAUGAGGAGAAGGGUGGCCGCCGCAUCACUCAGUCCGGCCAGCGGGAUCUGGACCGUAUUGCUCAGACGACCGCCGAGGCUGAGGAGGAGGAGGAGGAUGACGAGUAA